AUCACCGCUUCUCCAUGAACAUCAGCCGCAAGAGCUGGCAUUGUCGAUCGUGAUCAAAGUCCUCGCCGUCGACCUUUUCGAAGCUUAUAUGACGAAGGUAUUGGUGGGAUGGGUUAUUUACCUACCGCCGCCCGAUGACCAACAGAUGGCAACUUUGCCUCUCAUUUAUCUCACAGAAACAGCCUUGCAAGUCUCCUUAGGCGCCACCGCUACGCCCAGAAGCAUCAGCCACAAGUACUUACGAUGGACCACCUCAUCUUACCAAAGGAUUCGACUGGGCUGCGAUUCGAAAUUCCCGUGCUCAGUACUGAAAACUAUGAUGGGGGUGACUUUCUAACGUACCCUAACCGCCAGGGAUGGGGCCCUCGGAGAGUAUCUGAGUGGCAGACGGUUUUUGAGAAACCAUCUGUUGAAUUCAAGGCUUUCCUUCAAAGAUGGCUCUACUUUGGGCUUGUCCAUGUGCGUUUCGGUCCCAUCGAUGUGAAAUCGACAUUUGCGUCCGAGAAAAGAGAUGAAUACGGUCGUCCAAUACUUACAACAAAGCUGUUACCAAAAAUUGCUUUGCACAGUAUAAAGUCCUCACGCCGAGCUAACUCAUUUCAUGGAGCUGUAGCGGUGCGAAUCGCUGAUACGAUCUCAGUGCGUCUCACGGGCACGUGGGUUGUUAAAAGGGAUAACCCACAGCAGUUAGAAGAUGUGGAGAGCCUGAUGCAAUUCAUUACCUCAGAAGGACCUGCUGAUCCCAGAGACCCAUUUGACUCCCUUGCAACGACGUUACUAUACGACUUUUCCAACGUCAGUUCACAAUGGACGCCUUCCGGCCCCAGUAAUAUUUCCAAUGGCGGGCUACCACCUCGGGUGGCCCCCAUGAGCCCUGACAUAUGGACGAUUUUGCGACAACGUGGCUGGUGCCCUUCUGCUAUUUUGCCAAUGGCCAAGCACCUCACAAGCUCUGCUCUGGUUUUUGUUGCAAAUAUGACAUCUCCAAAUGCAGGGCGACAGCAUCGAAUGAUAAAUAUCACUGGAAGCGGAGGGAGUCCCUUACCCAAGGAUGAACUAUGUAAUGAGCUCAGCUGUCCGCAUCUCAAGCUCUCAGAUGACACCUACAAGACAAGGCAUUUAGAUGGCUGUCUCGGAUGCGAAGACAUUGUGGCAGAUCCGACGGCCAUUUUCCGACGCAGAAAAUUCCCGCUCAUCAUGGCGAUUGAUGCGGACAACGAAGAUACCGGAGUUACCCUUGUGGAGAUGGAAAGUAAUGUCUCAUAUAUUGCUAUAUCCCAUGUCUGGUCGGAUGGAUUGGGGAAUGUGCAGCGAAAUGCACUUCCACGAUGCCAGUUGCUUCGCUUGAGUGACAUGGUUCGCAAUCUUCCAGGGGAAGCCGCGAAUACCACACUAUUCUGGCUUGACACUUUGUGCAUGCCGCCUGAUGCAGCAGAUCAAAAGGAGGAACAGUAUACGGCUCUUCAGCUGAUGCGACAGGUUUAUGAGGACGCGAGUGCAGUUCUGGUAUUGGAUUCCUGGCUUAUGUCCAUAUCAUGUUAUCAAAUCGACGAUGCCGAGCUGAUGAUGAGUAUCUUCACUGCCACUUGGAACCGUCGAUUGUGGACUUAUCAAGAGGGUGCGCUGGCCCGGAUGUUGUUGUUUCGUUUUCAGGAUGGCACCUGUGACCUUGACUCCAUGUUCAAACGCUAUGAGAACGCUUUGGAUAUCACUGCUAGCACUACCCUGUGGACCUGUUUCGAUGUCAAGUACAGAGGCCUUAAGAGGGUUCCGAGCUAUCUCGAAUCGGAAGGAUGCUCUUGCCGCAGUAAUGGCUGCUAUGACUUUUCGAAGUACAAGCCAAGCUGCGGACGAAGCGCUUUGCCUGGCAGCACUUCUCAAUCUCGACUUACGGCCCAUACUAGCAGUGAACGAGGCGUCCUCUAGGAUGGAGCUGUUCUGGGCAAUGCUGGAUGCGAUUCCGAUUACUAUACUGUUGAAAUACGGGGACAAGCUCGAUAAACCGGGACUAAGAUGGGCCCCACGGACUCUGCUUCUUUCACCUUCCAACGUGCACCCAGUAACUGGCGAAUAUAUUGAGUUUUCUGUCCUCGAUAAUCUAUUUACUGUGCCUAUGGCCAAGCUGACACCCCGCGGCUUGCGCGUCCAACUGCAUGGACUUGCUUUCUCUGUGUCAAAUGCCACGAUUGGAGCGGACAUUGUUGUCAAAAGCAAUACAGGGA